AUCGAGACUCCUGAGCGCUGUAUCUGUACACUUUAAGUGAAUUGGUUGCGUAUUUUCUAACAGCUCGAGCUUUUGAAAUUAAUGGUUAGCGCCAACGAUCCCGCAGAUACUGUUCAUGCAAUGAUGAAGACCUCAAAGGGAAGACAUCUUUGCACUCAAGCUGUGUCUUAUCAGAAUCUAAAAAAGGAGCUGUCGCAGACCGUCCAAGCCGCAACUGAGUGCGACGUAUUCAAUCUCUCAUCGUAUAUUUGGAGCUUCCUUGGGCUCUUUUAUCCUGUUGACUCCCCUUGUUGCGAAGUUCAAUCUUCUAUACGAUGGUAAGUUCACCUGAAAGUGCAGUAGAUUUAUGCCAUCGAUCUGUUUGGGACAAUUUCGGCUAUGAUGGUGAAUGCCAACUUGUCAGCGUGCUCGAGUAACCUGGAUGAGAUGUGGUUGCAUGCCUUCGAUUGUCACAGCUGCUUGAUGCUGUAGGAUGCGAUGGAAUGAACGGCGAAGACACUAGGGUAUCUUACACUAAAGAAGGUAACCUCACAAGUGAAGAAAAGGCUCUUCGAAGACCUUAUAAAUACCCCCCCCACAUCAUAUCAAAUUCUGCGUGUGCACUCGGAACUCAAGAUCUAACUACUACCUAAACUUAAUUAAAUAUAUUGCCUCGAGGUUUGUACCAUGGCGACGCAUCGGGGCUCGGCCUUCGUUCUCGCCAUUCUCCUAACAUUGACUAUUGCAGCCGCAAGUCAGUUUAAGGUUGGCGGCUCGGGCCAAUGGACUAGUCCUAAUCCUAAUUCGAUGUCGUACAAUGACUGGGCCGAGAGAACCCGGUUCCAAGUUGGCGACACUCUAUUGUUCUCCUAUCCUCCCGACACGGACUCGGUGCUGCUAGUGGAUCGGAAUGCUUACAACAGCUGCGAUACGUCAUCGUUCAUCGAUCAGUUCAAGGAUGGGAGCACGGCGUUCACGUUCGCGAGGUCAGGUCCCUUCUACUUCAUCAGCGGAAACAAAGACAACUGCAAGAAGGACGAGAAGCUGAUCGUCGUGGUCAUGGCGGGCCGAAACGGUCAAACGAGCUUACUAGCACCGUCGCCCUCGCCUUCUCUUCCUCCAUUAACUUCUACAGCUUCUUCACCCCCGCCUAAGGGACAAAUAGAGGUUUCACCAUCAACUUCACCUCCCUCUCCCCCUCCACCUAGUGGGGCUUCUUCACAAGUUGUGGGCUUCAUGAGCACACUUGGAGCAGCUAUUCUUGCAUCUUUAUUCUAUAUCUUAUGAGGUGUGUGUGUGUGUUUUGUGAUUAGUGAGUGUGGAAUAAACCUAUUGCUGCAUGAAAUGUUGUGUAAAGAUUUUUUUUUCCUUUAAUUUCGUACAUGUAUUUUUAUUUUUGCGGAAGUUAUUUUGGCAUUGAUUGUAUUGAUAGAAUCAUAAGGAUGGAGAAAUAAGCAGGAUUAUUCAUACCAUUGUGAGUGUGUAUGGGUGUUGGUGUUGUUGUAUUUAUUGGAAAAGAGGAAAUAAAAUGUGUGUAUUGAAUUUGAAUC